AUGUCUGCUUCACUAUAUAGUUUCAAUUCGUUUCUUCUCUCUUCUUCUUCUUCCUCCUCCUCUUCACGAUUUGCCCCUCUCCGCCUUUCCCGGAUCCGAUUUCCGGCGACCGCGUCUCCGCCGAGGAUUCACCUUUCUUCUCGCGCUUUCUCAGCUGUCACCAUGGCCGACCUCAGCGACGCCGGAAUGGAUGCUGUUCAGAGACGACUCAUGUUCGAGGACGAAUGCAUUCUCGUUGAUGAAAAUGAUCGUGUGGUGGGCCAUGACACUAAAUAUAACUGCCAUCUGAUGGAAAAGAUUGAAGCUGAGAAUUUGCUUCACAGGGCUUUCAGUGUGUUCUUAUUCAACUCCAAAUUUGAGUUGCUUCUCCAGCAAAGGUCAAAAACAAAGGUUACUUUUCCUCUAGUGUGGACAAACACUUGUUGCAGCCAUCCUCUUUACCGUGAAUCUGAGCUCAUUGAAGAGAAUGUGCUUGGUGUAAGAAAUGCUGCACAAAGAAAGCUUCUCGAUGAGCUCGGCAUUGUAGCUGAAGAUGUACCAGUGAAUCAGUUCACAGCCUUGGGACGCAUGCUUUACAAGGCACCUUCUGAUGGAAAGUGGGGCGAGCACGAACUUGACUAUCUACUAUUCAUCGUGCGGGAUGUGAAGGUUGCACCAAACCCAGAUGAAGUGGCUGAUAUAAAGUAUGUGAGCAGGGAAGAGCUUAAGGAGCUGGUGAAGAAAGCAGAUGCAGGUGAUGAAGCUGUGAAGCUAUCUCCAUGGUUUAGAUUGGUGGUUGACAAUUUCUUGAUGAAGUGGUGGGAUCAUGUUGAGAAAGGAACUCUCCUUGAAGCUGCUGACAUGAAAACCAUUCACAAACUCUAA